ACCUUAAGACCCCCCUUGACUUAACAUUCCCUCUACGCCCACACAUAUACACCCCUAAUCAGGCAUCAUGUCCCACCUCACCUACUACAACUACGACGGCGUCGGCAAGCGCAACCAACAAACCUUCAAAUACAGCCAGGCCGUCCGCAUCGGCGACCGCAUCGAAUGUUCCGGCCAGGGCGGCUGGGUCCCCCAGACCGGCGAGAUCCACCGCGAGAUCAACGCGCAGAUCGACCAGGCCUUCGCGAACGUGGACCUGAACCUGAAGACCGCCGGCGGGAAGGGCUGGAGCCAGGUGUUCCGGGUGAAUUCGUAUCACGUGCCCAUCAACAACGAGGCGCUGGACGCCAUGGUCCGGAACUUCAAGAAGUGGAUGCCCGACCACGAGCCCCUGUGGACCUGCGUUGGGGUCACGCGGCUGGGCGAGGAUGAUAUGCGCGUUGAGAUUGAGGUUGUUGCGCAUGAUCCGAAAUAGGUUCUGGAGGGGAUUAGGGGCGACGGGCAAGAUGAGGGCAGAGGAUGGAGUGUGUAAGUAACUGGUUGAGAUGCUUUGUGAUUUGAUUCAGCGUGAUGGUGGAGACGAAAAAGCGAAAACAAGGGGGUGCUUGGUGCUUACAUCUGCAUAAUGAACGGAUGAGGAUUGAUGAGACUGUUAUUCCAGUAUAAGAAGAUCGGUGCAAUGGAUCAAUG